GUUGCUGAAGUAAGAGUUUGGCUUUGGACGUGUUCGAGUCGAGAAGCAGCAGCGGCGUCGUGUCUACUACCAAGCGAUCGUGUGUUUCCCAUCAAGAGUGUUUAUUUAAAAUAACUUCACACCCUAUUUUAUAACUUUUUGUUUAUUAUCUAUUUGUUUAUAUUUAGUAACACAUUGCAUUCAUUUACAAUUGAAAAGUGAUAAUUCUUGGAAUAUACCAACAAAGAAAAAAAAAAUACCGAAAACUUUUCUAUGCUUCUCGUUUAUGUCAAUGCGCUUCACUAAUAAGUAGCUCUCUUUCACUCUUGUUGGCUUACCUGAUUUUUACCUGUAUAGUGUGUGUGUAUGGUGUAAUAAAUAAAUAAAAAUAAGAAGUGAAGGGAAAAAGAGAAGAAUGAAAUUAUCAUUUCAUCCAUACGUUGGCGUGUGUUUGUGUGUGUAGAGCAAUUCAGGUUUUGGAUUAUUCCGUCCGUCGUCGUUCCAUGAAAUGCAUUCGAAAGCAAAAAUGCCGUGUUGCCUCCUUGUCCCUGCCUGCUUUCACAACGACCAUCAUCUUCAUCUGCAACAAUACCACUAUCAAAUCCAGCAACAGCAGCAUCCUCAUCAACACUGUGGACUUAGCCUGCGCCUGUGACUCAUUUUACUUAAAUUUCAUUCGAAUCUAAAAAAUGAUUCUCUAUUGUGAACAAAUAAGCUAGAGGAUUUUAUAUAUUUUUUUUUAUUCUCUUUGUUUAAACUACCAUCGCUCUCUCGCUCCACUCGUAUAUAGACGGAUACGUGAAUAUAAUAAAAAACCGCAUUGUGGAACGCGACAUCGGGAACACUAUAGUUUACCUCUAUUAUCUACCUGUUUUUUUUUUUUUUUCUUUUCUUUUUUGAAAUAAAGGUAUAUACAACACACAUGAAUAUAAUACACAAAUAUAAGUGUAAAAUUAAGUGAAAAGAUAAAACAUAAAUAAAUUCACUAAAGUUGAAUUGAAACUUUGCAAAAGAAGCAAAAAUAUUAUACUACCUCUCUUUUUCCCCAGAUUAUUCAUUCUGUUUACCUAAAAAUUUUACAUAUCUUGCCCAAUUAAAGUGGAUGAUUUUUUUUGGAAAAAAUAAAAGUUUAAAUUAUUAAAUGAAAAGAAAAUGUCUUUUGGAGCAUUAAAUUUACUUUUAACAGUCGCGUGGUGUUGCGGGGUGAUAAUCGUCGGUGGCGGUGAAGUAGACAAUGGUUUAUUGUCAUCGUCGGUGUCGGUGGGGAGCACCACAAAAAUCGUCGGUUACAAAAACGACACUCGAACGACGACGACACAAAAACAACUCCAACUCGACCGAUGGAAACGUGAAUCAAAUUCAGUUUAUCAAAAUCCGCCUACAUUACGAAAUGGCGGCGAUAGCAUUUUCUUCGGAAAUGGUGGUGGCUCCUCGUCGUCGAGUGAGGAUUGGAAUUUAGUUGACAAUCGUAAGCCGGCAUUUAAAAACUGUCUCGAAUAUGCUCCAUCGGUUAAGGAGGAACAACCGGAAAAUACCUUUGUCAUUCAAGUACAGGCUGAGGAUCCGGAUCCUGGCCAAACAAUCAAAUACAGCUUAACUCAGUCGGCAAGUGAACGACCAAAAUUUCAUAUAAAUUCAAAUACGGGCGUUAUAGUAACGGCUCAUACAUUCGAUCGUGACGAACCGAUUCAUGAGAAGGCAGUUUAUGUGACGGUACAAGCGACAGAUGAUGGGCGACCGCCUUUGGAUGAUGUUUGUACAUUUAAGGUGACCAUUGAGGAUAUAAAUGAUAAUCCGCCGGUAUUUAAUAAGGCGAAAUAUGAUGAAUCAAUGUCGGAGGACUCACAACCCGAUGCUAUCGUAAUGAGAAUUUCUGCUACAGAUUUGGAUGAUGGUGACAACAGUAUUAUCGAAUAUGAAAUUUUGAGCGAACGUGACUUUCAGUAUUUUCGAAUCGACAAAGCUGCUGGAAUUAUUUAUCUAAAUCGAGCUAUAGACAAACGUCCUGGUCAGUAUUAUACCAUAACAGUUCGAGCAUAUAACAUCGUCCCAGAUCCACCUCAAGAUGCACAAAUUGAAGUGCGAAUCCGUGUAAUUGAAUCGAGUAAAAAACCACCAUCAUUCAUCAAUCCCAUCGAAACUACAAUUUACCUUAAAGAAGAUUUCAAAGAGUACUCCGAGCCGAUAGCCACACUGAAAGCUGUAUCAAAUGUACCUGAUAAACCCGAAGUUAUUUUUGAACUUAUCACUGGCCGUACAGAGCAAACCAAUAGCAAAAAUACGUUUGUUUUUAAUCAGAUUGGCAACACUGUUUCAAUAAGUUUGGGUAAAACUCUGGAUUUUGAAGCCAUCACUGAUUACACUCUCACAAUGUCUGUGCGAAACAUCUAUGACCUGGUAGCCGAACAUGUAAUAAAAAUAAAAAUUGAAGAUGUAAACGAUAACAUUCCUUACUUUACGGAAGUUAAAACAGGUACAAUUCUGGAAAAUGAGCCAGCCGGUACACCUGUGAUGCAAGUGAGGGCAUUCGAUAUGGACGGUACAGAGGCAAAUAAUAUUGUUUCCUUCGAGUUGGCUGACAAUAAAGAGUUCUUUGCCAUUGAUCCACAUACAGGUAAUAUAACAGCCCUAACAACAUUCGAUCGAGAGGAGCGGGACUUCUAUAACGUAAAAGUAAUUGCAAGUGAUAACUCGCCAUCGGCACUUUACAAGAAUGGCGAACCAAAUCGUGGUCAGCAAGUUUUUCGCAUUGAAAUUGCAGAUAAGAACGAUCACAAACCACACUUUCAAAGGCCCGAGUAUUUAGCAGAAAAACUUCCAGAAGAUGCCAACAUUAAUUUUAUUGUCAUCGAAGUUACAGCUGUCGAUGAAGAUAAUGCUUCACAGAUCGUUUACACAAUCGAAAGUGGAAAUGUUGGUGAAUCGUUUAAAAUCGAAGCAAAAACCGGCAAGAUUACCGUUAACAAUAGAUUAGAUUACGAGAAAAUCACUGAGUAUGUGUUAAAGAUUCGAGCAUUCGAUGGAAUUUAUGAUGAUUAUGCAACAGUAACUAUCAAAAUCGAAGAUGUCAAUGACAAUCCUCCAGAGUUUAAGGAAAAGUACAGCAAAACCAUCCAAGAAGAACAAGUUCCCGAUCACUGUAUCUUGGAAAUCGAAGCUUUCGAUCCAGAUAUUAAAGAUCCAUUGGCUGAUCAGAAAAUUAAGUAUUCAGUUACAAAGGAAGAACAGAAAAAGUUGCUAACUAUCGAUGAUAAAGGUUGUCUACGACUCAUCCAGCCGCUGGACAGAGAUCUACCCAAUGGUCACAAAAAUUGGCAAGUUUUAAUUUCAGCUAUUGACGACAAUGGAAAUGGUCUUAAAACAGCAACACCAGUUACGAUCACUCUGCAAGACAUCAAUGACAAUGCACCAUUUUUGACAAACAAAAUGCCUGUCAUAUGGCAAGAAAAUCGUAACCCAGGACAAGUUGUACAACUGCAAGCCAAUGAUUAUGAUGAACCACAAAAUGGACCGCCAUUUACAUACGGAAUCGAUCCCGACUCAUCGCCAGAUAUCAAAACCAAGUUCUCCAUUGACAACGACUAUUUGUUUGCGAAUGUCCAAUUCGAUCGAGAGGAACAAAAAGAGUAUUUCAUACCCAUUCGUAUUAGUGAUUCAGGAACUCCAAAACAAAGUAGCGUCAGUAUUCUUCAUUUGAUCAUAGGUGAUGUGAAUGAUAAUGCCAUGAAUGCAGGUUCUAGUAGCAUAUUCAUCUACAAUUACAUGGGAAAAGCUCCUGACACUGAAAUUGGUCGUGUAUUUGUCGAUGAUCCAGAUGACUGGGAUUUGGAUGAUAAAACUUUCGAAUGGAGAGAUAAGGCCGAAGAAGAAGAGAGACAUUUUUAUCUUAAUCCAAGCAGUGGAAUGAUAACAAUGAGAGAAGGCAUACCCAGUGGCCAUUACGAUCUUUACUUCAGAGUUACGGAAGAGUCUACUUUUAUUCCUAGACAUUCGGUAGAAGCUGAGGUUUCCAUUAUAGUCAAAGAAAUCCCAGAAGAAGCUGUUGAUAAAAGCGGUUCUAUUCGAUUUGUUAAUAUAACAAAAGAAGAAUUCAUAUCGGUUCCACGGUACGGAGGUCCAAAUGAAUUGAGCUUGAAAGAUCAAUUGCAGAAGAGUCUUGCCAAGCUGUUUAAUAUUUCUUUGGAGAAUGUAGAUGUAUUUACAGUCCUAGAACACGCCUCCCGAACCUUGGAUGUAAGGUUUUCAGCUCACGGUAGUCCCUACUAUGCACCUGAAAAGUUAAACGCCAUGGUUGCGCAACAUCAGCGUAAAAUUGAAAAUGAACUGGACCUGGAAAUGCUUAUGGUGAACAUAGAUGAGUGUCUCAUAGAAAAGUUCAAAUGCGAAGCAUCCUGUACGAACAUUCUGCACAAAUCCAAUGUGCCGUACAUGAUUUACUCAAAUAUGACGUCAUUUGUGGGAGUUAAUGCGUUUAUCGAAGCCGAAUGUGUGUGCGAGGAAAGAUUCAAGAGAUAUUGCUUGAACGGAGGAACGCUUAAUGAUGAUGAUAUCUGCCAAUGCGCAGAUGGUUUCAAUGGGCCGAACUGUGAACUUGUACUGAUUGGUUUCUAUGGCAGUGGUUAUGCGAUGUACGAGCCUGUGUCACCAUGUGAUAACACCAAAAUUUCCAUGGAAAUCUCGCCACAAACUGAUACCGGACUUAUUAUGUACGUGGGGCCAUUGAAUUAUAAUCCUCUUAUGCCGAUUUCGGACUUUCUUUCACUUGAGUUGGUCAAAGGAUACCCGGUGCUAAUUGUUGAUUAUGGUUCUGGAGCAAUCAGAAUCGAACACCGUCAUAUUCAGUUGCAGAGUGGAAGGACUUAUGCCCUGGACAUCGUAUUGCAGAGUACUAGCAUCGAAAUGACAGUUGACAACUGCAAAUUAUCAACUUGCAUGAGCUUGGGCGCUCCACAAGGUCCGAAUGAGUUCCUAAACGUGAAUGCUCCUCUUCAACUGGGUGGAACACCAAUCGAUCUAGAACGGUUAGGUAAGCAACUAAAUUGGACACACAUACCAAAAACAACUGGUUACUUCGGGUGCAUCCGCAAUCUGACAGUUGAUGGGCAUACAUACAACCUGGGAACCCCAUCGGUUUUCAAAAAUGUCGAUCCAGGAUGCCAGCCUAUCAUGGCAGGAGCUGUUUCAUUUGGCAUAGAUAGAAAUUUCAUCAUAGCGAUCUUGACGUGCAUUGCACUGAUGCUGAUAAUUCUGCUUGCCGUUGUUGUGCAGAAAAAACAGAAGAACGGAUGGCACGAAAAAGACAUUGACGAUAUCCGAGAAACAAUUAUCAACUACGAAGAUGAAGGGGGCGGCGAACGGGACACAGAUUAUGAUCUUAAUGUCCUCCGCUCUCAACCCUUCUAUGAAGACAAGAUCUACAAGGAUAAUAUGCAUCCUAUGCAAGAUAGCAACGAUAUCCCCGACAUUGGAGGCUUUUUAGGGGAUAAAAAAGAAAACUGUGACAAAGAUUCGGGCGCGUAUCCCGUCGACGAUGUGCGACAUUACGCGUACGAGGGUGAUGGCAACAGUGACGGUAGCUUAUCUAGUUUAGCGUCGUGCACAGACGACGGCGAUCUCAAUUUCGACUAUUUGUCGAAUUUCGGGCCGCGGUUCAGAAAAUUAGCGGACAUGUACGGCGAAGAGCCCUCCGACACAGACUCGAAUGUGGACGACGACCAGGGCUGGCGGAUAUAGUUAAAAUAGUUUUUUGAAUAAUAAUAAUUUCAUUAAGGA